CAUAUGCUCCAUCGAGCAACAAACAAUACAUCGUACAAAAAAGCCUUGCAUCAUCCCUCCUACAUGUCUUUACUUUGAGAAGUAAUUAUUUGAAUAGUCAGUGAUCGAGAAAUGAUAGAAAGUAAUCGUAGUGUGCUAGCGGCAGCAUCGAUUUUCCUGUUGAUCCAUCUAAGCGAGUCAUUCGCAACUAGCACCAGGAGGCACCAAUCCAUCCCAUGGACAGUAACAGUUCAUGGCGGAAGGAACACUUUUCGACCCGAAAGGGGAAGGAAUUUUUUCAUUACUAAUGCAAUCGACGAUGACAACGUUUCGAACUUUCAUACCGACAAAAACAACACUACAAACAAUGAUGUCAACACGGAGAAAGGCAAAGAUGAAGAGCCGAAGUCUCUUGAAGAAAGCUAUGCACCAACAAUACCGCAAAUUAUAAAAUUCGCUUUACCAGCAAUUGGGAUAUAUCUGUGUAGCCCACUGUUGUCCACGAUAGAUACUAGUACAGUCGGCAUACUUUGUGGUACACUUCAACAAGCUGCUUUGAACCCUGCUGUUACAAUCACCGAUUAUUCUGCACGAGCCAUGACUUUUCUUUACACGGGUACAACAAAUUCAAUAGCAACAUCGAAAGACAGCAAAACUUCAAGUGAAAUUUCUGAAAUGUUGGUAGGAUCGAUCAGAUUCGCUGCACUAGUUGGAGCCGGUCUAUCUCUCUUUCUUCUUCUGUCAGCUCAGAGCAUACUGGUACCGCUCGUCGGAAAUGAUAAUGUUGAUGCCGAGCUUCUAAGCGCAGCUUGGCGUUAUGUUGCAAUUAGAGCUCUCGGGAUGCCCGCAGCUGCGAUGUUAGGAACUUCGCAGGCAGCAUGUCUUGGAUUGCAAGACAACAGGACACCUUUCCGUAUAAUAGUAAUCGCUGCCAUAUUGAAUCUAGUACUGGAUGUUGCUUUUGUGGGUCGAAAAGUGACUUGGGUCGGAGGUACAGCGGGAGCUGCUCUUGCCACAUGCUUAUCCCAGUAUUUUGCUCUGUACCUUUUUUUCCGUCGGUUCACAAGUGACAAAAUGGAUUUAAAGGCGCAAACAAGCAGAGAAAAACAGAAGAUAUCGACAAAAGGGCUGCUUUCAGGACGAUCAACUUUAAUCCAAUUUAUUCGAAGACCGUCACAAAAAACCGUAAACGACUUCAAACCAUUUGUGGUUCCGGUCACAACCACUCAGAUUGGAAGAUGCUCAACCUACAUUGCAAUGGGGCAUGUGGUAUCUUCAACGAUGACAACAGUUAGCAUGGCCGCUCAGCAAAUCAUUACUUCAAUCUUCUACACACUAAUUCCAAUAGGUGACUCUUGCAGUUUAACUGCACAAACCUACUUGCCAGCAAUAGUUUCUCAGAAACCAAGUAAAGAGAGAACUUUGGCGAUGAAGACUACUAUGAAAAACAUAUUCAGAGUGGCAGGAUUGCUAGGAAUUUUUCUAUCUAUGAUAGGUGCAUCUCUUCCUUGGAUUUGUCCAUUUUUGACAAAAGAUCCAGCAGUGAUAGAAACGGUAAAGCAAAUCGUUCCUAUCAUGAUGGGGAUUUUGUCCACUCAUGGAAUAUUUUGUGCUUCAGAAGGAAUACUUCUAGGGUUCAGAGAUUUGAAGUUUCUCGGUAAUAUCUACGCCAUAUUUUUUGUCACCGUCCCACUGCUGAUGCUACGAUUGAAAUACGUUGCCAAUGGUGGGUCUCCCGUAAACCUGUGUUCGGUCUGGAACAUUUUUUUGGGAUAUCAAGCAUUUCGAAUUCUCUCCUUCUUGGGCAGGGUAUUUGUGCUCAGGAGACGGAAUGACAGCGUGUCAAAUGAGAAAAGAUUGUAGAACAAAAUAAAUUCGCAGAUGAUAUUAUACAUAUUUUACAGUCGUAGUAUGACAUAUCUGUUCGACCUAUCAAUUCGUAGAGCUCCACUUGCAUUUCUCUUCACAAGGGACAGUGUGGCCUACAGUAUUCUUAGGGUCUUCUCGAUAUCAUUGGUCUGCGUAUGAAUCAGGAUUAUAUGGUGCAAAAAUUAGAAUGGACGUGACUGGUUCAAUUUUCGUAGGUUUGAGAUUGCCGAGUAGUAUAAUAGAUGUUAACUUUCGAG